CCCCCAAAAGAUUACCAAAAAACACAAGCCCCAAAACACAGGUGCUGUAGUAAAGGCUGUAAGAAAAGGAAGAAAACUAGCUAAAAGCGGGAAAUGGCAAUUUCCAUUUCUCGGUGUAACCAAUUCUUUCAUUCCUCACUUCCUAAUCUACCUUAUCGAAAUUCAAUUCCCAAGAAGAACAAAUGGCUUUGCUUUGCUACUUCAUCUCAACUCAAUCCUGUUGGUUCUGAUGUCUGUGUUUGUGUUGGAACUCACCUCAUCCCACAUCCCAACAAGAUUGACAGAGGCGGGGAAGAUGCAUUCUUUGUGAGUAGCUACAAUGGGGGAGUUAUUGCUGUUGCUGAUGGUGUCUCUGGUUGGGCUGAACAGGAUGUGGAUCCUUCAUUGUUCCCCCGCGAACUGAUGGCCAAUGCUUCCUGUCUUGUGGGGGAUGAAGAGGUCAACUAUGAUCCCCAGAUUCUCAUAAGGAAAGCACAUGCUGCUACUUCCUCUAUAGGUUCAGCUACUGUAAUUGUUGCCAUGCUGGAGAGGAAUGGAAUGCUAAAGAUUGCGAAUGUAGGGGAUUGUGGACUAAGGGUUAUUCGUGGAGGUCGGAUAAUUUUUUCCACAUCUACUCAAGAACAUUAUUUUGAUUGUCCCUACCAAUUAAGCUCAGAAAUAGUUGGGCAAACAUAUCUUGAUGCCAUGGUUAGCAGUGUGGAAUUAAUGGAGGGAGACACCAUUGUGAUGGGCUCAGAUGGACUCUUUGACAAUGUUUUCAGUGAAGAAAUUGUUUCGACAAUUGGCACACACAAUGAUGUGGCUGAGGCUGCAAAGGCAUUAGCUAACCUAGCAAGCAUGCAUUCACUGGAUUCGGAUUUCGAAUCACCAUAUGCAUUGGAAGCCAGGUCGAAGGGUUUCGAUGUUCCACUUUGGAAGAAAAUCCUCGGGUUGAAACUUACAGGAGGAAAGCUUGAUGAUAUUACUGUGAUAGUUGGCCGGGUUGUAAGAUCUGGGGGAUUAGAAGGUGAAUCCAACAUGGGAAUUCCUCCCUCCCACUUGCCAACAUCGGAAUAUAGCAUUUAAAGAAACGGCUUUACAAUAUGGUUGUAAAUUUCAUUUUAUUCUUUUGCUAAUUGGCUAUUGACUGUAUAGUGAAGCUUGAUUAGGUUCUACUGAAGGAACCACAGAAAACUGAUAUAAAACAAGAUUGACGCCAUAAAAUCCAUGAAAAAAAGUGUCCCGCGUCUUUUGAACUGCUUCAA